UAAGAAGGAUCUUCAUGCGGGAGGCCGAUGCCUUGAACUUCUUUAGACAGCGCAGCAGACGAGGAGUGAAGUCACAGGAUGAGAUUAACGCUGAGCACAGACAGAUCCUGGCUGCAGAUGAACGCAGGAGAGAGUUCCAUGAGGAAAAGCGUAAUGAGUUUGAGAGCUACGCUGAAGAGGACCACGACGAGCAAAACGAGAGAAGCAGAGAGAGCACUGAACAGUGGAGGGAGUUCCACCACGAUGGCGUUCAUCCUCCUCACAUGUACGAGCACCAUUCGGACUGAGGAGGCCAAACUUUAAGGAACAGCCAAAAGAGACGGUGCAGGUGUUCACAAAUUUUCAACAUGUCUGCGCAUUUUUUCAAAUCGAGUUCC